CUCAGUUCAAUUUUUGCUUUCAAAAUUCAAAACUCAAAAAAAUUCUCCAUUAAUGGCUGGUAGAGGCAAAACCCUAGGUUCAGGAACAGCAAAAAAGGCUACUUCUCGUAGUAGCAAAGCUGGUCUUCAGUUUCCUGUUGGUCGUAUUGCUCGGUUUUUGAAAGCCGGGAAGUAUGCUGAACGUGUCGGUGCUGGAGCUCCGGUUUAUCUAGCUGCUGUUCUGGAGUACCUUGCUGCUGAGGUUCUUGAGUUGGCUGGAAAUGCAGCAAGGGACAACAAGAAGACUAGGAUUGUGCCAAGGCAUAUUCAAUUGGCAGUGAGGAACGAUGAGGAACUAAGCAAACUUCUCGGAGACGUAACAAUUGCCAAUGGUGGUGUGAUGCCCAACAUUCACAACCUUUUGCUUCCAAAGAAAACUGGUGGUUCAAAGCCAUCUGCUGAUGAAGAUUAAACAAAUUCAAGACUUGGUUUUUCUUAGCUAUAGCUCUGUUCUUCUUUUUCUGGAAUAGUAUUAAGGAUUUGCUAGUGUUUUCUUAGCUGUUUAGUAGAUUUUGGGGUUUUUGUGCAUACAAAUGAUUUGAGCAAUGAAUGAAAACAUCAAUGUGUUAAAGCUCAAA